AUGGCAAAAGGCGAACAUGUAGACCCGCGGAUGAUGUCCGUCACGCCGCGCAUACGAUACAAUACCAUCGGUGGUGUCAACGGUCCUCUGGUCAUUCUCGAGAAUGUGAGUGGAGGACGCAAAGAGCUGGUGAAAGAUAGGCCACUGAAGCAGUGAAACACAGGUCAAAUUCCCACGAUUCAACGAGAUUGUGUCCCUGACGCUGCCUGAUGGCACCGAGCGGUCUGGUCAGGUGCUGGAAGCAAGAGGUGAGCAAAGCACUGCGCAUAUGAAGAUAUGAGCGGAACCAGGAGCUGAGACGACGUUUCAGGCAACCGCGCUGUGGUGCAGGUCUUCGAAGGAACAUCUGGCAUUGAUGUCAAGAAGGUAUGGCUAUAGGACAAAUUGGAUCCAUGCAGAGCACGUCUAAUGCCAGGCAGACGAAAGUCGAGUUCACGGGCCACAGUCUGAAGCUCGGCGUAUCGGAAGACAUGUUGGGUCGUGUCUUCGACGGAUCAGGACGAGCCAUCGAUAAAGGUCCCAAGGUCCUGGCUGAAGACUAUCUCGACAUUAACGGAUCUCCCAUCAACCCAUACUCGCGAGUGUACCCCGAAGAGAUGAUCUCCACAGGUAUUUCGGCCAUCGACACCAUGAACUCCAUCGCCCGUGGUCAGAAGAUUCCCAUUUUCUCCGCCGCUGGUCUGCCUCACAACGAAAUUGCCGCCCAGAUUUGUAGACAAGCAGGUCUCGUGAACCAGCCGACCAAGGGCGUUCAUGACGGCCACGAGGAGAACUUCUCUAUUGUUUUCGGAGCUAUGGGUGUCAACUUGGAAACGUCUCGCUUCUUCACCAAGGACUUCGAAGAGAACGGCAGUAUGGAGCGUGUCACGUUGUUCCUGAACCUGGCCAACGACCCUACCAUCGAGCGUAUCAUCACUCCUCGUCUCGCCCUGACCACUGCCGAAUACUACGCAUACCAACUGGAGAAGCACGUCCUUGUUAUCUUGACCGAUCUGUCCUCCUACUGCGAUGCCCUCCGUGAGGUCUCUGCCGCAAGAGAAGAAGUGCCUGGCCGUCGUGGUUACCCGGGUUACAUGUACACUGACUUGUCCACCAUCUACGAGCGAGCUGGCCGUGUCGAAGGACGCAACGGCUCUAUCACGCAGAUUCCCAUCUUGACUAUGCCAAACGAUGGUACGAAGCCACAUGUCCACGGCAUUAGCUCACUCCGCUGACUUGCGACAGAUAUCACCCACCCUAUUCCCGAUCUAACAGGCUACAUCACGGAAGGUCAAAUCUUUGUCGAUCGUGGUCUCGACAACAAAGGAAUCUACCCCCCGAUCAACGUCCUUCCAUCCCUCUCGCGUCUCAUGAAAUCCGCCAUCGGAGAAGGCCACACCCGCAAAGACCAUUCCGAUGUCUCGAACCAGCUCUAUGCUAAAUACGCCAUCGGUCGAGACGCCGCUUCCAUGAAGGCUGUCGUUGGAGAGGAAGCCCUAUCCAACGAGGACAAGCUUUCGCUCGAGUUCUUGGAGAAGUUUGAAAAGACAUACAUUGCACAAGGAGCGUACGAGAAGAGAAGUAUCUUUGAUGGAUUGGACAUGGCGUGGGAGCUCCUGAGGAUUUACCCCAAGGAGUUGUUGAACCGGAUCCCGAAGAAGGUGCUGGACCAGUACUAUCAGAGGCAGGGAAAGAAGGGCAACAAGGAUGUGCAUGAUAAUGGAGAGCAGAACGGCGAGGAACAGACGCAGCAGAACGGGGAGGCACAGACGCAGCAGAACGGGAAGCAGAGCGAGAACUUGAUUGAUGCAUGA